AUGGCACAUUUCAGCAGAGAUGAUAACAGCAGCAUAGAAUAUGUAGAUGCCAUUCCCAAAAAUGAAAAGACCGCAAAGCAGAAACGCAUGUGGAAAUGGAUUGCUAUUGCUGUUGCCAUCAUUGUUGUCAUUAUCAUUGUGGUGGUUGUUUCUGUAGUUGUGACACAACAUAACAAGAGCAACAACAACAACAGCAGCAGUAGUGGAUCUGGUACAAGCAACAGCCAAUAUCCUAUCUCUCCUUAUGCUCACAUGACCACCAUUGUAACCAAUAAUGACGACUCAUUGCAACAAAAGGAGAACAUCUAUGUCGUUGGAGAUGUCCAUGGAUGUGUGAGUGAAUUGGAUAAAUUGGUCACCAAACUCAACUUCAAUCCAGCCACAGACCAGCUCAUUCUUGCCGGUGAUUUGACUGCAAAGGGACCUGACAGUGUGGGUGUCAUUCGUAGGGCCAAGGAAUUGGGUGCACUCUGUGUGCGUGGUAACCAUGAUGAUAAGGUGAUUCGACUCAAGACAUACGAGCUUGAAAAGGGCGAGAACGCAAUGUACCCACUCAGUGCUACUAUGCCCGAGGGCAAUGUCCCAGACCCAUUGAAAUUCAAGAAUUACCACGUUGCCAUUGCCAAAAAUCUCACCCAGGACGACUAUGAUUACUUGUCAUCUUGUCCAGUCAUGUUGCAUAUGCCCUUCCUGAAUGAUGUGGUCGUUGUUCAUGGAGGUUUGGAUCCAAACAUCAACUCUCUUCAAGACCAAAUUCCAUAUUUAGUCAUGAACAUGAGAGACAUUGACAAGGAUGGACCUUCGCCUGAAAACAAUGUUGGAACUCAGUGGGGAACGGUGUGGAAUGAAAAGCAGCAAAACUUGACGAUGGAGAACACAGAGAUUUUUUACGGCCAUGAUGCUAGUCGAGGAUUGAAUCUAAAGAACACUACCUUUGGUUUGGAUACGGGAUGUGUCUAUGGAAAACAAUUGACAGCCAUGAAUGUGCGCACCAAAGUGAUGACACAAAUCGAAUGCCCACUCUACGUCAAGCAAGGGGUGAGCAUCAUCAGCAUGGACGAAGCCAACUAA